AAAUGUCAAAAUGCUCUCUGUUUUCGGAAGGUCAUUUAUUCGAAUUGGAUUUGGUAGUAAAAUUGUACAAACGAAUUUUUUAACGCACCAACCACAAAUUACUCUUGUGAAUUUCAAAAAUAUUACUAGAAAUAUGUCAAAGACUGCAUUGGUAAUUCUUGCACCUGGUGCUGAAGAAAUGGAAUUUGUUAUUGCUGCCGAUGUCUUGCGUAGAGCUGGAGUUGCUGUCACAGUUGCCGGCUUAAAAGAUGCUACAGCUGUUACAUGUUCUAGAGAUGUUGUCAUUACUCCUGAUGCUUCUCUUGAAGAUUCCAAAAGUAAGAAUUUCGAUGUUGUCAUUCUACCAGGUGGACUUGGCGGCUCCAAGGCAAUGGCUGAAUCACCUCUUGUUGGUGAGAUUCUUAAGAAACAAGAAUCCGAAGGCCGAUUGAUUGCAGCUAUUUGUGCUGCACCAAUUGCCUUGGCUGCACAUGGAAUCUUUACCGGAAAGAGUUUGACAUCGUAUCCCGCAAUGAAAGGACAAUUGGUUUCGGUCUACAAGUAUGUGGAUGAUCAAAAAGUUGUUCAAGAUGGAAAUUUGAUAACCAGUCGUGGACCAGGUACUGCUUUUGAUUUUGCUUUGAAACUUGCCGAAGUUUUGGCUGGAGAAGCUAAAGCAACUGAAGUUGCCGUAGGAAUGUUGUUGAAGUGAACAAAAAGUUUCUUUUUGUUUGAUGUGAUUUUGUAUGUUCUUUGUUGAAAUAAAAAAAAUCUCAAAAAUAAAGAAGAAAAGCCAUA